AUGAAUCAUUUGUGGUUUCCACAUGACGUUAUACUUGAUCCUUAUGGAAAUUUGUACAUUGCUGAUUCAAGUAAUCGUCGUAUUCAACGUCUUAGUGCAAAAGACGGUCUAAUGGAAACAAUAGUUGACGAUGGAGGAAACGCUAGUGAACAUUUGGAUUCUCCGUUUAGUCUUUCUGACCAUUUCAAAAAUCGUAUACAAAAGUUUUUAUUUGAUGGUGAACUAUUAAAAAAGCCCAAUAUUCCCUUGACUGUAAAGGAAAGGGUCUUAUCGAGUUAA